GGCGCCUAGCCAAGGUGUAGAUACAUAUCGUCGACCUACCAGCCCUCCGCAAAGUCCUUUUCGGAUGCAGAAGGGCGACUUAAUGAGACGAGUGAUGCGUGACGGAUUUCCUUGACACUCUCCUCCAAUUUCCUUUACUUUCACCGCCGCAGGUUCGGCGCUUUCCCUUAUGUUACUUUCCGAGGUUUCCUGGUUCUCGUAAUUCUGUACAACUAUGCUUCUGAGCCAUGUCAAAAGGCUAUGCAUCAUCUCGGCAUCCCUAAUCGCAGCUGCACCUCAUAGCGCUGCAUCUACAGUCACUUCAGUACCAAGCGCGCUUCCCACCAAGCUUCAGCAGGACGUUCCUUCUUGCGCACAUUCCUGUAUUCGAACUUCUUUAUCAGAACGCUUUCCAGUGGCAUGUACGAUUGAAGGAGAUCUCCAAUGCCUGUGCUCUCGUUACAGCUCAAUUGGAGAAUCGUUGGGUGAAGUGGCUUUGGCAUGUGUGUACGCUUCUUGUUCAAGCAUUGAUACGGCCGCUUUGGCAUACAAUGUAUGCCUCGGUCAGAGGAACGCUGUGCUUCCAACCAAAACCGCACUCACCGUCGUUCCUAGUCGAACACCAAGCACAACAUCCCGAGUCUCAACCUCUUCCACUACUUCAAUCUCGCGAGCCACUAUCACAUCCAUCAUAAGAUCGACACUCCAGACACAAGUCUCUUCAAGCCAGUCAGUAUUCGCGGACUCGAUCUCGGCUCCAGCAUCUGCAACAUCAAGCCUAUCCUCGUCUUCGACACCCACCUCAGGUGCAGCGCCAGCCUCGAACAAUGAUCGCCCUAAGAUGACACCGGCACAGAUUGCUGGACUUUCAGUGGCAGCUGUGGCAGCUUUUAUCAUUGCUAUUGGGCUGAUGGCGUUGAGUGUAUUUUUGAGACGUCGCAAAGAGCAAAAGAGCACGAGUGUGAACGAGAAAGAUGAAGAUCGUCGAAGGCAGCAAUCGAGACGCUUCUCGCACUACAGGCCUGUCGAGAACACGACAGCCUCCACGACGAGUUUCCCUAUCGGCCCACCGCCACCAACAGUCCCCCGUAACGCACCUAGGUACCCACGUUUAGUUACGCCGUCACCUUUCAGUACUCUCGGACUAUCAGGUGCUGGUUCAAAUCGUACGGCAGUACGACCAGGUGUUGGAACUUCAGGUAGUGCGGCUUCCAUUCCCAUGUCGCAGAUCGGCCUGGCAAUCAGCGCCGAGCUCGAAGGUUGUCCUGCGCCGUCCAAGACAGCCAAGUCAGCCAAUCACCCAAGACAAAAGGUCACAGAAGAACAUUUCAGACCACUCAGUACGCGCACAGAGGCGACGGUUUUUGAAGAAGACGAGAUCGCCGCUCGUCGCCGCUCCUCCAAACUCCUCCCAACUCCUCCAGUUCCGAUCAUGCCUAUCCGCAGUCUUCAGCCCUCUCGACAACCGUAUAAGGCACCGACACCAUCGAACGCCUCCUCGAACAAUACCGCGCGCCGCUCUGAACUGUUUCUCGAUAUUCCAACUCGCCAUGAAAGGCCGCUGCCAAAACGAAUCGUCCCAACGGGCUUGUCUUCGACUGGUUCACCAGCUCCAAAGCGACCAACCCCUCAAUUGCAGAUUUCUCCUCCCAAGUCUCAACAAUCAUCCUCCACUUCGACGGCAACUAUCACACCCGCGAGUGCAGCAGACAUUCCAGACUACUACUUCAGUACAGUAUCUCUUCCAGAACGUGAUACUACACCACGUCAGGAUUCAGACACUCUGCCGGCAAGCAAGACGCGCAAAAAGCGGCGAUCACCGAGCAGUACAAGUGGUUCACGUACCAUAUCGAAAACCUCUACCCGCCCUACAUUUCGCGACUCGGCAUCGAGCCAGACGUCUUUCGAAACCGCCGACCCCAAUGACCCUACACCUGACGACGACCAAGAUAAGCAGCUUUCCGAUGACAACAAGCUAUCUCCCGUGGCCGAAAGCCCCAUCCAUGGCCUUAAGUACCCCAAAGUUCCAAGAGCAUCAAACCAACUGGUUCCUCGAAGCCCACCACGCAUAAGCCGCGAGCAAGGAAGAUUCUACGUCCGACCCUUGCCCGAGCACUCCUCCCUCCUUGUCAAGCGCCGCGGCAAGCGCGAAGCCGUCCAGCUCGAGCAGCAACUUGUGCUUAAAGACCCUUUCACCACGCCUACGCGCCGCGAGCUGCGCGCACACCAGAAUCAGCAAAGUCGUACUGUAAGUGCGAACUCUUGGGAACGCACACCCGAGUCCAAAAUUGAGCAGUAUAGCUACAACAACAGUCCUGUGGUCAAACAAGAGGACAUGGUCAGGCCGCUGAGUAUCAUCAAGAAGACCGAUAUCAACAGGGAUAGUGGCCAGGGUGGGCAGAUGAUCGGACUCAAGAGUCCAGUGUGGAUUCCGCAUCUCACGCCGACGCGGAAGGGCGACGAUCUGUUCAUAAGCGUUGGGUGGGGAGACAAUCUCCGUGAUGGACGUCGAGGAUGAGAUUAGAGAUUGACGACAGGCAUUUUUCUUGUGUAUACUUUUGCUGGAUUUUAGACACGGUUUUGUACAACUACGAGCUAGAGAUACCCCGAGCAUGGCAGGCCG